AUGGCAUCAGAUAUUCCUGGCUCCGUGGCCUUGCCGGUGGCACCAAUGGCAAGUGGACAAGUGAGAAUGGCAGGAUCCAUGCCUUCCAGAGGAGGAAAGCGUCGCUCUGGAAUGGACUUCGAUGAUGAAGAUGGAGAGGGGCCCAGCAAAUUUUCAAGGGAGAAUCAUAGUGAAAUUGAGAGACGCAGGAGAAAUAAGAUGACACAGUACAUCACUGAACUGUCCGAUAUGGUACCCACUUGUAGCGCGUUGGCUCGUAAGCCUGACAAGUUGACAAUUCUUCGGAUGGCCGUUUCACACAUGAAAUCAAUGAGGGGCACUGGAAACAAAUCUACUGAUGGAGCUUACAAGCCUUCAUUUCUUACAGAACAGGAACUGAAACAUCUUAUCCUGGAGGCUGCAGAUGGGUUCCUGUUUGUAGUUGCAGCUGAGACGGGAAGAGUGAUCUACGUAUCAGAUUCUGUGACUCCUGUGCUGAACCAGCCGCAGUCUGAAUGGUUUGGCAGCACUUUGUACGAACAGGUUCAUCCAGACGACGUGGAAAAGCUGCGAGAACAACUAUGUACAUCCGAAAACUCUAUGACAGGACGAAUCCUGGACCUGAAGACUGGAACAGUAAAGAAAGAGGGUCAGCAGUCCUCAAUGAGAAUGUGCAUGGGAUCAAGGCGCUCUUUCAUUUGCAGGAUGAGGUGUGGAAAUGCUCCUCUGGAUCAUUUACCUCUGAACAGGAUAACCACCAUGAGAAAAAGAUACAGGAAUGGCCUUGGCCCAGUAAAAGAAGGUGAAGCACAGUAUGCUGUUGUCCAUUGCACUGGCUAUAUCAAGGCUUGGCCACCAGCAGGAAUGACUAUACCAGAAGAAGAUGCUGAUGUGGGACAAGGUAGUAAAUAUUGCCUUGUGGCGAUAGGAAGGCUUCAGGUAACCAGCUCUCCAGUGUGCAUGGACAUGAAUGGCAUGUCGGUCCCAACUGAGUUCUUGUCUAGGCACAAUUCUGAUGGAGUCAUCACCUUUGUCGACCCAAGGUGCAUCAGCGUCAUUGGCUACCAGCCCCAGGAUCUUCUGGGGAAAGAUAUUUUAGAAUUCUGCCAUCCUGAAGAUCAAAGCCAUUUGAGGGAGAGUUUCCAACAGGUUGUGAAACUGAAAGGUCAAGUCCUGUCUGUGAUGUAUCGUUUUCGUACCAAAAACCGGGAAUGGAUGCUGAUCAGAACCAGCAGCUUCACAUUUCAGAAUCCUUAUUCCGAUGAGAUUGAAUACAUCAUCUGCACCAACACUAAUGUAAAACAACUUCAGCAGCAGCAAGCGGAACUUGAAGUACAUCAAAGAGAUGGGCUGUCAUCCUAUGACUUGUCUCAGGUACCUGUUCCAAGUAUACCAGCUAACGUUCAUGAGGGUGGAAAGUCUGUGGAAAAGCCUGAUGCUAUCUUCUCCCAAGAGAGAGAUCCUAGAUUUGCCGAGAUGUUUGCUGGAAUAACUACUUCAGAUAAAAAAAUGAUGGCCUCGGCCUCCACAGCAGGAAACCAGCAGCUUUACUCACAGGGAAGCCCGUUUCAGCCAGGACAUUCGGGAAAGACUUUCAGUUCCUCUGUGGUACACGUGCCUGGUGUGAACGACAUCCAGUCUUCUUCAUCAACAGGGCAGAAUCUGACACAGAUAUCUCGCCAGCUAAAUCAGAGUCAGGUUGCCUGGACAGGAAAUCGCCCACCAUUUCCAGGACAGCAAAUUCCAUCUCAGUCUGGCAAGGCUCAGUCAUCUCCCUUUGCAAUUGGAACCAGUCACACCUACCCAGCCGAUCCGUCGUCGUACAGCCCCCUUUCCAGCCCGGCCACCUCUUCUCCGAGCGGGAAUGCCUACUCUAGCUUAGCAAACCGAAGUGCAGGGUUUGCUGAAAGUGGCCAGAGCAGCGGCCAGUUCCAGGGGAGACCUUCCGAAGUCUGGUCCCAGUGGCAGAGCCAACAUCACAACCAGCAAAGCGGCGACCAGCACUCGCACCCGCAGCCCAGUCAGACCGAGGUGUUCCAGGACAUGCUGCCAAUGCCGGGGGAUCCGACGCAGGGUACUGGCAAUUACAACAUCGAAGAUUUUGCUGACCUGGGCAUGUUUCCACCAUUUUCUGAGUAGCUUGCGAAGCAGAAAUGGAAGUUCUACUCCAAGGCCAUUUCAGUGUAAUUUUGGCUCUGCUUUUUCUGUGUUGCAUUUCUGUAGAAGCUACUAAAUCAGAAGACACGUUUCUCAUGUUUCAGAUAGUGGUGUAGGGCUCGCUCUCUCCUCCUUGGGGUGCGUUGGUGCCGACAGAGGAGCUCCAGCACUUGUUAGUGUUCAUU